AUGUGGCGGUGGCUACAAGCUUACCAAACCAUGCAUUAUACCAAAGACAGAACCGGGAUCAUACAGGUGUUAGGGAGUAAGAUACUCGCGUUUGGAGCCGUUACACAAGACGAAUUAACCUGGCUCGUUCAGCUGGAAUUCGAACGCGACCUUAUGUUCGACGACUCCAACAAAUACAUGGACGAGCGGCACGAAGUAUACCCAGAGCAACAUUUUGACGUCUAUCAAAUUUUUAACAACAUUGACACUAUGUCAGCAGAGAUCCACAAAAAUGAUCUUCCCGAACCAUCGGAAAUCUCGUCAUUAUAUUGGUUUGGUAAUCAUAGUCUCGAAGUAGAGGUCUUCGAUGAUAUCCACGUUCACAUUGCACAUGAUAUUCUAGAAAUUUUAGAAUCAAACAUCCAGAAAGAGUAUACACAAUUCGUCUACAGUAUUAUUUGUAUUGCUCUCGUCAUCGUGUUUUGUCCAAUAUUAUUUGUAUGGUAUGCUAGAUCCCUGAAUGAAAUGAUGCAAGAGAUUCGUACCUAUACCAUUCGUUUGAACGCAGAAAAGCUGCGAGCUGAAAAGCUUCUCUACCAGAUGCUUCCACCUACUGUAGCCGAGCAGUUAAAACUAGGCAAACAAGUUCGUGGAGAGUCUUACGAAGAGGUGACUAUUUAUUUCAGUGAUAUUUGUGGAUUCACUGAGAUGUCAGCAGCAGCCAACUCGCCUUGGGACAUAGUCGACUUGCUCGAUACACUGUAUACUACCUUUGAUAACCAGAUAGAAAAAUACGAUGUGUAUAAGGUUGAAACAAUAGGAGACGCAUACAUGGUGGUAUCCGGUCUGCCUAGCCGUAAUGGGUCUAAACAUUUCUCUGAAAUGGCCGACAUGUCUCUGAAACUGGUAUCAUUAGCCAAAGAAAUUGUGAUUCCCCACCAACCCGACAGGUGUCUCAAAUUGCGAAUUGGUUUACAUACAGGUCCAUGUGUGGCUGGAGUAGUGGGACAGAAGAUGCCACGGUACUGUCUAUUUGGUGACACUGUAAAUACAGCUGCCAGAAUGGAAUCAACAGGCGAACCACUACGUAUUCAUAUAAGUGAAGCAACAAAACGUGGCCUUGUUCCUAUUGGUAAUUACGUCAUUUCUCGAAGAGGGGAUUUACAAAUUAAGGGGAAAGAGUCAUGGAAACAUUCUGGUUGGAAGGAUGGACGGAAACAUUUUAUCAACAAACAGAAAACGCGUUAA